CGGUGGACACCACAUCGGCUUCCACUUCGCUCUUUCAAUUUUCUCUCCGUUCAAAUUCUGGCGACAACGCGUCGGCGAUCUGACAAAGAAGGAGCUCAUUUGCCAUUUCGAUAUAGUUUGGCUUAUUUGGAUUCUCAAUUUGUUACGGACAGCGUUUAAAAUUUGGUGAAAUUGUGUUGCUGUGUGUUUUUUCUUUUUUCUGGUUGCCGUUUUUCUUUUGGAGCCGUAUUAUAUAUAAACUUCAGUUUAGAUUCUCGUUGAUAGUUAAAUAAGAAGUGAGGUUCGACCUUUGUGUUGCUGAGCUGGACCAAUGGUUCGGUUUUGCUGAGUUAGGACUCUGUUUUUUGUUUGUGGAUGGCUAGAGUGUUAUAUGGGUAUUAGGCGGUAGGUUUCUUCAUCACAAGAUGGGAAGCAGUGAAGUAGAUAAAUCCUCCAAGGAGGAAAAAGAAGUUAAGGAGCCAAAAAAUCAUACUACACAGGAGCAGGCUUCAACUGCUUCUGGCUCAGUUGCGCCUGAUUGGUCUGUAUUUCAGGCAUAUUCUCCUAUGCCUCCGCCUGGAUUUUUGGCUUCAAGUCCGCAAACGCAUCCCUACAUGUGGGGAGUUCAGCAAUUUAUUCCACCACCUCCAUAUGUUUCCAUGUACCCUCAUGCUGGCAUGUAUGCACAUCCUCCAACUAUGGCUCCGGGGCCUUAUCCUUUUAGCCCUUUGCCCGUCCCCUCUCCUAACGGUAUUGCUGAAACCUCUGGAAACACUCCUGGUGCGGAGGUGGAUGGCAAGUCUUCUGAGGCUAAAGGAAAGCUGCCGAUUAAAAGGUCCAGGGGAAGUUUGGGCAGUUUAAAUAUGCUUACUGGGAAGAAUAAUGAAGAUGGUAAAACAUCAGGUGGCCAUGAAAAUGGUGUCCGUUCUAAAAGUUCUGAGAGUGUGAGUAAAGGUUCAAGUGAAGGAAGUGAUGCAAAUUUCCAAACUGAGUCCCAAGGGAAGUCUGAUGGCCAGCCCGAUUCAGAACCAUCUCAAAAUGGAGGUGCUGUUCACAUUUCCGAAAAUGGUGGACCUAAUAUGGCUGGUGUAAUGGUAAGUCAAUCAAUGGGAAUCAUGCCUAUGCCGGUGGGGACAGUGAGUGGUGUCCCUGGCCCUGCUACUAACUUAAAUAUUGGAAUGGACUACUGGAAUGCUACCCCAACAUCUGCUAUUCCUGCAAUGCGGGGGAAGGUGUCAGCUAGUUUGGUUACGGGAGGGAUUGGGCAUCCUGGUUCACGAGACAACAUGCAGUCACAGCACUGGGUUCAGGAUGAAAGGGAGCUCAAAAAACAGAGAAGGAAGCAAUCAAACAGGGAAUCUGCCCGAAGGUCCAGACAACGCAAGCAGGCAGAAGGUGAAGAACUAACUCAGCGUGCUGAUGCUUUGAAAGAGGAAAAUGCAUCUCUCAGGGCAGAACUGGAUCGUGUAAAGAGUCAAAUCGAGGAAGUUCGUGCUGAGAAUGCAUCUUUGAAGGGUAAACUUGGAGAGCUUACUGGUCAAGAAGAUCCAAAAUGCAGUAGUGAUGACCAACACUGACUGAGGAUACUCAAUAAUUCGAUUCGACUCAGCAGGUCAUGCUCAACCUAACAUCUAGCGACACAGAACGCCCACUAUCUAUAUCGUACGCUGUUGAAUCUAAUCGUAUCUUAACAUUUGUUACACCGUCUGUCAAUUCUCUCGUCGGUCAAUCUUUUGUGGUCUGGGAAUCCAGAUGGUCCAGCCAUAGAGAUAGAGUAAUA